AUGUGGGCCUUUGUGAGUCAACUUGGUGGCAAAUUGUUGAUUUUUCAAAACACGUUGCCAUCGCUAGGUGCUGGCCGCCUGAGGCUUCGUGGAGAUGAUGCACGUGUUUAUGGGACCGAGAAAGAGUAUACAUUAAGAGUUCCAGAAGAUCCAUUUUAUAAACAGAUGGCUGCUGAUUUCUCGAAGUUUCAGAUAGCAGUAAAUAUAUAUGCAUUCAGCGAUAAGUAUACCGACAUAGCCACCUUAGGAACUCUGGCAAAAUAUACUGGUGGACAGGUAUACUACUAUCCAAAUUUUGUUGCUUCUAUUCACAAAGAUAAACUAAGACACGAGUUAGGUAGAGAUCUUACAAGAGAGACUGCGUGGGAAGCUGUUAUGCGCAUACGAUGUGGGAGAGGUGUGCGUUUUACUUCUUACCAUGGGAACUUUAUGCUGCGAUCUACUGAUCUUAUGGCACUUCCAGUUCUUGACUGUGACAAAGCAUAUGCAAUGCAGUUAUGCCUCGAAGAAACACUGCUGACAACAGAUACGGUGUAUUUCCAAGUUGCUUUAUUGUAUACAUCAUCUUCCGGAGAAAGGCGUAUCAGGGUCCACAAUGCUGCAGCUCCAGUUGUUGCUGAUGUAGGGGAAUUGUAUCGCGUGGCUGAUAUUGGUGCCGUAGUAUCUUUGCUUUCGAGGCUUGCAUUUGAGAAGUCAUUGUCCUACAAAUUGGAAGACGCUCGAACUUCUGUUCAACAUAGGAUUGUCAAGGCCCUUAGAGAAUAUAGAAACCUUCAUGCUGUCCAGCAUCGGUUGGGAGGCAGGAUGAUAUACCCUGAAUCUUUGAAGUUAUUGGCUCUAUAUGGUUUAGCAUUGUGUAAAUCAACACCUCUUCGUGGUGGAUACGCUGACACACAGCUUGAUGAACGCUGCGCUGCUGGAUAUACCAUGAUGGCUUUGCCAGUUAAAAAAUUGUUGAAACUUCUGUAUCCAAAUCUGAUUUGGCUAGAUGAGUAUCUCUUGAAGGCAUCUUUUGCCGAUGAAUCAGAGAACAUUUGGAAGAGACUUCCACUUUCUGCAGAGAGCCUAGACUCAAGGGGAAUUUAUAUUUAUGAUGAUGGUUUUAGAUUUGUUUUAUGGUUUGGCAGAGUGCUAUCACCUGAUAUAGCUAGGAGUGUACUUGGUGAAGAUUAUGCUGUAGACUAUUCAAGGGUUUGCCUUACUGAGCAAGACAAUGAAAUGUCAAGAAGGCUGAUGAGGAUAAUUAAGAAGUACAGGGAAAGUGACCCAUCAUAUUAUCAACUCUGUCACCUUGUAUGGCAAGGUGAACAACCAAGAGAAGGUCUCUACCUGCUUGCUAAUCUAGUUGAGGACCAGGUCGGGGGUACAAAUAGCUAUGCUGAUUGGUUGUUGCAAUUGCAUCGGCAAGUUCAACAAAAUGCAUAAUUUACAGGGGCUCUUAUUCAUCUGUACGAGUUUUCCACACAUCCAGGGAUGGUUAAGGCCCAUCUCUUUACUUGGGCCGAAAAACAGCUGCCUGUCAUGUAUUAGAUCGUCGAGUUCAUACCAACUAAUUUGUUGUGUCAAUGAGAGCUGUAUCUUCACUUGCGUAUUUUUCUUGUGUUCAUUAUCAAAGUGUUCUUCGUUUCUUUUAGCAUGGGCUCAUUGCUUGAAAGUUUCAAGAUCUCUCUGGCGGAGUAUUUCUUUCAUGUUUCUGGGGAAUGAAGAUAGUUAUGACACCAUGAUAUUACCCCUUUUUGGUUAUCCUUGAACAGUGCUGGCGAAAAUGAGACCAGGCUUCCAGCCUAAAAUCUUAAUGUAUGUGACCUUAUUAAUUUUUGCGACCUUUUAGUUUUCUUAUAAUAAACUGGUGUAGUUCAUUAGUUGAUUUUCCUCUUCAUUCUUUUGCCUGGAGAAGGCAGCUAGUUUGUGAGGACAUUAUUCUUUUUUUUGGGUUUUCUUUUUGUAUUUAAUCGUAGCUGCUCAAUGCAGAUUUUGUAUAUACCACUUUUGCAUCCUGGAAGGGGCGUGAUCCCGUUCUGACAUUGCAGUUUCGAUUAUCUAAACUGUUUUUCGAGUGUUAAUGAGAA